UACUGGUUGCUAAAGCAAUCGCCCUUCUCUCUUCGGCAUUUUCUCAAACACUUUGGGAGGGACGUUGCAUUGGCAGACUUCAUCCAUGUUUAUGGCUGUUCGGAUUGCCAAUUCUUCGAAGGCCUUGGUCUCGAAUGGGUACAAUGUGAAUUCUUCUCGUCAUCUUCCAUUUUUUUGCUUGAAUGAGUUUGCAAAUUAUGUAUGCAGACAUCGUUUUGUGGACUUGUGGUCGUCGUGGUCACAAAUCCGGUCGAUGACAAGCAGUAAACGCGUUCAAGAUAGAAGCCGCUUGAAGAGGGUGCAAGCUCUUGAAAUCGCGACGGAAAAAUGGAAGGUAGCUUACAAGGUACUCUUCUUGAUCGAAACCCUCAAGCAAGAGCCUGAGAUGAUAAUUCCAGUUAGGAAUUUAGAGCAAUAUCGGAGACAAAUCAAUCUCCCGAAACCGCACAAGAUCGCGGACUUCAUUCGAAAAUCCCCUAAACUGUUUGAACUGUACAAGGAUCAGAGGGGCAUAUUGUGGUGUGGAAUGACUAAACAAGCCGAAGAUUUGAUGGAAGAGGAGGAGACGAUAAUUGAACAACACGCUGACAAGGCUGCCGAGUAUGUUACCAGGUUUUUGAUGAUGUCAGUGAAUAAGCGGCUUCCGGUGGACAAGAUUGCUCAUUUCAGAAGAGAUUUUGGGCUUCCAAUUGAUUUUCGAGCCAAAUGGGUGAAUGAUUACCCUGAACUAUUUAAGUUGGUGAAGUGUGAAGAUGAACGUGAAUACUUGGAGCUUGUUUCUUGGAAUCCUGCCUGGGCUAUAACAGAGCUGGAGAAGAAGUUGAUGGGUGUGACUGAGAGCACUGCAACUCAUACCCCAGGUUUGCUUUCACUUCCUUUUCCCUUGAAAUUUCCUUCCAAUUACAAGAAGAUGUAUAGAUAUGGAGGGAAAAUUGAUCACUUCCAGAAAAGGUCUUAUUUAUCUCCAUAUGCCGAUGCAAGGGAGCUAAAAGCUGGCUCACUAGAAUUUGAUAAAAGGGCUGUUGCUGUUAUGCACGAGUUGCUUAACUUCACCAUGGAGAAGAGACUAGUUACUGAUCACCUUACCCACUUUAGGCGGGAACUUGUGAUGCCUCAGAAGCUAAUGAGACUUCUUUUGAAGCAUGUUGGGAUAUUCUAUGUUUCAGAGAGGGGUAAAAGAUUUAGUGUUUUCUUGACAGAAGCUUAUGAAGGGCCGGAGUUGAUUGAUAAAUGCCCUUUGGUUCUUUGGAAGGAGAAGGUUUUGAGCCUCGCUGGUUAUAGAGGAAAGCGAAAAAGGAUUAAAACUUUUGACGACACUUCUGAAAUGGAGGACAACAGUUUGGCUUUGGCUGAGUAUGACUCUGAGCAGGAUAUGGAGGAUACUGAUUGUUCAGAGGAGGCUGCAUUAGAUGCCAAUACAACUGAAAUGGAAACUAGGGAUCUUGUCAGUGGGUAGAAGGAUUCCGCAUCUUCAUGAGCAUCAAUUUAAUCUAUCUUCUUUAUUGAUUUCUGGAGGAAAGAAACCAACAGUUCGGUUCUAUUUGGAAACAAUCUAUGUAUCUUAUCAUACUAACAGAUAACUUAUGCUAUAUCAACGUUACGCUCGGCCCUCCAGCAGCAGGACUUGCAUUUGAUCAGAACCAUGAAGUGAACAUUUCUCCCAAAAAUCUCACUGUUGCUUGAGAUCUCGAACGUGAUCCACCAUCCAAAGCACAAGAUAUGACGUACUAUAUUAAGUCAGCAUUGAAAGUAAUUGUUUUGGAUGACUUGAUUUGCCGAAUGAACAGAUCUAUAUAUAGGUAUAAAUGGGUUGUUUGAUCCUCACUCCUCAAAUUGCUUGCAGAGUCAUUUAGUGACCAGAGGAUGGAGCUGCAUGUCAUGUCUGCGAAAUGGAUCCUCAAGUGAGGGAAGAUGCAUAUCAUAGCUGAUAGCUAUUUCCUGUUUGUUGUUGGAUCUGCCACAUAAAUAUCUCGACAUUCAGGUUUCUUUCUUACUGAUUAUCAGAAUGAAUUGGGUUCAUUUCUUUGUGAGGUGAAGUAUUGUACAGAAGUCCUAAAAUUAAUCGGUUUAAUAUGUUGGUGAGAUUAUUGAGUA